GCUACAGGCAAGUGUCGUGGAGUUACGAAGAGAGCUGGUUGGUUCACGAGGCAAGGUGAAAGCGCAUAUUGCGCGUUCUGUUGGUUCUCACUCUCAGUCACGGGCGAGCCGGCAAGAACGACGAAGUGAUUUCAACUUGUACUUGCCUACGUACCAGUGGUAAAACUCGUUAGUGACAGAUAGUCGUGUGCACCUCAUCGCCACGAACAAUUAUCACCGAGUAUUUUCCAUGGCACUGUCUUCACAAUACAAGAAUAGAGAGAAUUGGGCCAGGAAGUAGUACUGAAAGCCAGUUUCCAAAAUAAUAAUAAUAAUGAGGCAGAAUCUGAAGACACUUUCGAGAAGACCAAAUACCCAAGUGGCUGUCAGCCUUGGUACGGGAUCGGUUCUCCUUGUUGGCUCGUCGGAGUCGUCGUCGGGUGGGGCGAGCCCAGGGGAGAUGUGGAGAUACUGUACAACGACAAAUGAUAAAGUCAACGGUAGCCCCAAAGAGUCACUGGCCAUCAAUGCCACCCAGGGUCUGGUACAGCUGAGAACUGUCGAGAGGGACGAAGCAUUGAUGGAUACGCAGGAGACAUCCUGUUACGUCCUUGAAGGUCUCACCGAGAAUGAUUCUAAUGGGAGUAGAGUAGAGUAGAGAUAUGAUGGAGUCGUAAUCAUUUUGUUAUUUCAUCUCAUUUCUUCAUGUAACGGUGGAUUUAUUAAUAAAACGUUGUCAUCAA